CUAUGGGCAGAGUUGCUGAGACGCCGGUGAGGCCCCAAGAGCGCGCGGGGCCGCAGUCGCGCGGGAAUUAGGAUCCCGACCUUGCUGAGUGCUGUGUCGCCCGCCCACCCAGCAGAAGCGUCGGGGCAGAGGCACCAUGGCCUUCUCUCAGGUGCAGUGUCUGGACGACAACCACGUCAACUGGCGCUCCAGCGAGUCCAAGCCCGAGUUCUUCUACAGCGAGGAGCAGCGGCUGGCCCUGGAGGCCCUGGUGGCCCACGGCCGCGAGGCCUUCUACGAGGUGCUGAAGCGCGAGAACAUCCGUGACUUCCUCUCGGAGCUGGAGCUCAAGCGCAUCCUGGAGACCAUCGAGGUGUACGACCCGGGCUCGGAGGACCCGAGGGGUGCCAAGUGGCCCCGGGGGCCCGAGGACAAUGGGGUUGGUGACAGCGAGGAGGCCAGCAGGGCAGGUGGGACCCCCACCGAGGCCGAGCCACCGCCCUCUCUGGAGUACUGGCCCCAGAAGUCCGACCGAUCCAUCCCGCAGCUGGACCUGGGCUGGCCCGACACCAUUGCCUACCGCGGUGUGACCCGGGCCAGCGUCUACAUGCAGCCCCCCAUCGAUGGGCAGGCCCACAUCAAAGAGGUGGUGCGAAAGAUGAUCAGCCAGGCCCAGAAGGUGAUCGCCGUGGUCAUGGACAUGUUCACUGACGUGGACAUCUUCAAGGACCUGCUGGAGGCCGGCUUCAAGAGGAAGGUGGCCGUGUACAUCAUCAUGGACGAGAGCAAUGUCAAGUACUUCCUGCACAUGUGUGAGCGGGCCCGCAUGCACCUGGGGCACCUCAAGAAUCUCAGGGUGCGGAGCAGCGGGGGAACAGAGUUCUUCACACGGUCGGCCACCAAGUUCAAGGGUGCCCUGGCCCAGAAGUUCAUGUUCGUGGAUGGAGACCGGGCCAUCUGCGGCUCCUACAGCUUCACGUGGUCGGCCGCGAGGACAGACCGCAACGUGAUCUCCGUGCUGUCUGGCCAGGUGGUGGAGAUGUUUGACCGGCAGUUCCAGGAGCUGUACCUCAUGUCCCAUGGUGUCAGCCUCAAGGGCGUCCCCAUGGAGAAGGAGCCGGAGCCGGAGCCCAUCGUGCUGCCCUCCAUGGUACCACUGGUGCCCUCGGGCACGGUAGCCAAGAAGCUCGUCAACCCCAAGUACGCGCUGGUCAAGGCCAAGAGUGCCGACGAGAUCGCCAAGACCUCCUCUGAGAAGCAGGAGGGGAAGAAGCCCCCGGGGCUGCGGGGCGCGGCGCUGGCCGAGCGGCCGGGAGACCUCGCCGAGGCGCCCCCGCCUAUCCACCCUGGGCUGCUCAACCUGGAGCGGGCCAACAUGUUCGAGUACCUGCCCACGUGGGUGGAGCCGGACCCGGAGCCCGGCAGUGACAUCCUGGGCUACAUCAAUAUCAUUGACCCCAACAUCUGGAACCCCCAGCCCAGCCAGAUGAACCGCAUCAAGAUCCGAGACACUUCCCAAGCUGGCACCCAGCUGUGGAGGCAAAGCCAGGACUGUGGCCCCACCCCCGGGCCCGGUGCCCCCGAGGACAGGGUCCCAGCUGAGAACGCUAAGAACGGCCUUUCCCAGAGGGACCCUGAGCCACAGCCCCCCGUGCCCAAGCCCCGGACAGUCCCUGUGGCAGAGCUGCUUGCCCAGCACGGCGGCGACGGUGUGGACUGGGCCCUGGAGGCCCCAGGGGAGGAGACGCCCCAGAAUGGGACAGACCAUGAGCCGCCCAGGACACCGGGCCCAGGCCAUGCCCCACUCCAGCGGCAGGUGUCUGUGACCCAGGAUGACCCUGACGGCCACGGAGCGGUGAUCCCCAAUGGGCUAGAUGGGGACGAGGAGGAAGAUGAUGAUGACUAUGUGACCCUCAGUGACCAGGACAGCCUCUCAGGCAGCUCUGGCCUCGGCCCUGGCCCCCGGCGGCCCUCGGCGGCCUCCUCUUCUGUGUCAGACGAGUACUUUGAGGUGAGGGGGCGCUCAGCCCCUCUGCAGAGGCGCCACUCGGAGCAGGUAGCCAACGGGCCAGCCCAGCCCCCCCGACGACAGCUGAGUGCCCCCCACAUGACCCGCGGGACCUUUGCUGGACCCCUGGGUGGCUCGCCGUGGGCCCCAGGUCGGGAGAGAGAAGAGGCGGGUACUCCAAGGAGGAUGCAGGCUCCGCACUCCACGGACAAGGAGACCCAGGGCCAACAGAUCCCCCAUUAUAGAGUCCCUGCCUCGGGGACCAGGGAUAAAGAUGGCUUCCUGCGGCCCGUGAGGACCUCGGGACCCCCGCGGUACCGCGCUGCGGCUGCCGAUGGCACCCAGAGCUCUACCAGGAAAGCGAGCCCGGCCGUAACAAGCACGUACCCCUGGCAGGCCAAGGCUGGCCCCGUGCCCCGCACGCUGGCAGAUCCCGGGACUCCAAGGCGGGCCCGAAAUGCCAGCCCCCAGGCCGAUGGCAGGGUCGCUGAAGAGCAUCCAAGUCCUUUUGGAAUCCCCUACUCCAAACUGUCCCAGUCAAAGCACCUGAAGGCCAGGACGGGCAGCGGCCAGUGGGCCUCAUCUGAUUCUAAACGGAGGGCCCAGGCCCCCCGGCACCACAAGGAACCCUAGCACCCUGUCCCUGGGCCUGGAGCCGUGCAGUCCGUGGCCUGUGCCCCAGCCCAGACUCACCACGCAGGUGUUCCUGGGGCCGCGCCAGGGAUCGGCAGAUGGGCCGCCCAGACUCUCCAGGGCCCAUCCCGGAAGGCAGGAAGGUAGGGCGGGUGGCGACAGCGACACUCACCUGGUCAGUGCACCAGUACCAGGUGGCCAUGAUGGUCAGACCGAAGGUCAUCCCAGUCCACGGGAGGUCCCCUGUGUGGGGGUCUCGGAACAUGUGCAUGGCGUCUGCACGGGGCAGGUGGCAGGUCGUGUUUGCGAUGGUCCUGGAUGGGACGGCCUGGGCGUAGGCUGCCGCCAGCUGCUCAUAGCCGCCGAUCUGGUCAAAGGCUGGAGGGGUCGGGGUGGGACGGGGACGGGCUGGUGGCCGAUGGCCCUGACUCCGGGCCCCCACUUCCCGAUGUACCAAACUUGACUUUUUCCCAUCCACCUUUCCCAGUAUCUGGAGAGGUGUGGAGGGUAGAGGGUUUUCCAGAACAGGGGAAUUCAAAUGACUAUUUUAUUUGUAUUUAAAAAUAAUACUAUUAAAUGAGCAUUUUGCACGUGGACACCACAGUGUCCUCUUGGCCCCCGGACGCCUGUUGGCCUCGGGCAGGGGUUCUCUGCCAAGCUUCAGACUGUCGAAUCAAGGAAGCAAAAGUAUUUUUUCUUGGCAUUGGAGGACCUUCCCGGGGAGUCUAAAAGUGUUAAAGUCCUGACCUGGGGCUCCUAAAGGAUGUGAUUUUGGCAGAGCUGAGGAUGGCUGGCACGUAGCACUGAGAACAGAAACAAGUCCCAGAAGGGACAAGGGCAUGACCAAAGCCACCUGGCCCACCGGCCGGGGCUCGAGCCAGAAGUCUUUCCUCUCGAGGCCAGAGCACAUUCACUCUCUCACUGUUCCCGUCUACCUCAGAGUCAGGGCCCUGUGUGGCCAAACCCUGGCCCAUCUGCAGCUUUUGCUGUGUCUGUAACCACCCCUCCCGUCCAGGCUGGGCCCGGCUGCCUGGGUCCCUCACCUGCAGUGGGGUCUCCUCCCUGGUCUGAAAGCAAGCAGGUACACAAAGUCUGGAUACAGGAAAAUUCCUAGUCUCACCUGCAAGCCCCUCUCCCCUGCCUUUCCCAAGCAGGAAACCUGCUCCCGGACUCCGGGCCCCCAGCCUCAUUGCCGCCCGGAGCCCAGGCCGGGCCGGGUACUCAGAGCAAACGUACAAACACUAUACAAAGAUCGGAAAUUACCAGGCUGGAGGAUCCUACAGUCUGAGUCUGGAGGAGGCUUUCAAGGCCUCUGUUCACCCUCUGUGGGAUCCUCCUGGCUCUGACCGCAUACUUCCCAGGACGGGGAGUUCACUACCUAUUUAUUGAGGGAGCCCUCUGAGCUUCCUCCGGGUUCCUUGACUAGUAUCACCGAGCUGUCUAAACCCUCUUCUCUCCUCCCCUGCCAUCGGCCAGCAACCCGUAGCAGGACUUUUUGGGAUUAUGCACAUGAUUUUAAACAGUUGGAGCCCAUCAAUGCCCUGGCAGUGUUCGUGGAUGGUGUGCGCACCUGCCCUCGGCCCUACGUCACCAUCUAGUCCUGAGCCAGGGCAGGUGCAUUCUUGAGUCCCCUCCACACCAGACCGGAGCCGGCCCGGAGCUGGUGACAAGUGGCAGCUGGGCGACAGGUGGGAAAGGAACACAAGCCUCUGUCACCCAGGGGAGGCUGACGGGCUGACCGCCUCGUGGCUCGGCCUUGGGAGUCCACCACCCCCUCCUCCCCGCCCAGGGCUGGCAUCUGGGUCCUAACAGGGCAGACCACCAAAAGCACUGGCUGCGGGGGGCUACCCCUCACCUUUGACAGUCAGGAUGACGGCCCCCACCACCAUGAUGAGCGUUUGCAGGGCGUCCGUGUAGAUCACAGCAGCCAAACCCCCUGUGGGUAGAAAAAAGGGAGCUGGAGAAAGCUGUGCCCCGAGGGAGGAGGGACGGCGGUUCCACGUACGUGUCCCCUGCCCUCUCACAGGUGGGUGAGCUGUGGACUGCUCAGCUGGGCCGGCGGAGCCCGAGGCAAAUCUCCGCUGGCCAGGCUGUGCGGGGAGGUGGCCCCCCGGCUCCCGCCCACCUCUCAGGCCCCUGCACACCUCUGCCCGGCCACGUGGACACCCGGGCUGGCGGUCAGGUCCUCUGUCCGCGGGCCCCCGCCCGACCCCCGCGAGGGCGCCGUACCUGCGAUGGUGUACAGGGCCGUGAUGGCGAGCAUGAGGGUGGUGGAGAGGUAGAAGUUCCAGCCCAGACAGAUGUGCACAAAGAGGGCCCCUGCGUACAGGUCGAUCUGCGGGAGGGGAGAGGAUGUUGUGCGGAGGCCCGAGGUGACCGCAGGACUCAGGGCACCGCUCACUCGACGUGUGGCCUCAGUGCCCCGUGGACACGGAGGGAGAGACGCCCCACGCACACACCCACCGGCGCUGCUGGGAGGGCGGGAGGGGGUCGUGGCCGUGGACGAGCGGUUGUGCAGGGGAUGCUGCUGAUUUAAUAAAGUCCCGAGUGGCCGAUGUCCACCAAGGAGCAGUGUUGUUAUUGAGU